AUGACGCGUCUGAAGUCAUGCGCAAAACUUGUUGGCCAUAAAAGACUUUUGUCAACAAACUAUGGAUUGGUUUACGAAGAAUACGGGGAUCCGUUGAAAGUGCUCAAGAAGUGUGACAUUAGCGACAAGACUGAGCGCCCGCUGACCGACAAUGAAGUGUUUGUGUCAUAUCUGGCGAGUCCUAUAAACCCGGCGGACAUUAACACAAUCCAAGGCGUCUAUGCAGUCAAACCCAAACUCCCGGCCAUCGAAUACGGGGAUCCGUUGAAAGUGCUCAAGAAGUGUGACAUUAGCGACAAGACUGAGCGCCCGCUGACCGACAAUGAAGUGUUUGUGUCAUAUCUGGCGAGUCCUAUAAACCCGGCGGACAUUAACACAAUCCAAGGCGUCUAUGCAGUCAAACCCAAACUCCCGGCCAUCGGUGGCAACGAAGGAGUGGCUAAAAUUGUGUCCGUCGGGUCGGCUGUGACUGCUGUCAAAGUAGGCGAUCACGUGAUCCCCAGCGCGUCGUCGAGCGGCACGUGGAGGACGUACGCCAUUAUGGAGGACAAGAAUCUCAUUGUAAUUGAUCCCAAGAUUGAUGUGUUAACGGCCGCUCAAUUGACUGUCAAUCCGUGUACAGCCUAUCGGAUGCUCAAGGAUUUCGUACCCGUUGCCAAAGGCGAAACUGUGAUCCAAAACGGGGCCAACAGUGCUGUCGGCGUGAAUGUGAUUCAAUUGGCCAAAGAGUGGGGAAUCAAUACGAUUAAUGUUGUGCGACAACGACCCGAUGUCGACAAACUCAAGCACGAGUUGCUCGCUUUGGGCGCCACUCAUGUGAUCACUGAAGAGGAAUUGCGACAGAAAGAGGUGAUGGAAGGAGUGUUGAAAGCGGUGCCGAAGCCUCGCCUGGCGUUGAACUGUGUGGGCGGCAAAAACGCGACCGACUGUUUGCGUGUCUUGGACUCCAGGGGAGCGAUGGUUACCUACGGAGGAAUGUCUAAACAGCCACUCAUUAUACCCACCGGUUCUCUCAUAUUUAAAGACCAGCGCUUUUUCGGCUAUUGGAUGACUCGUUGGUAUGCAGACAACGCCCGCAACAACGAAAGGUCCAAAAUGAUGGCUCAUUUGUGUUCUCUUCUAAUUAAUGGCAAACUAAAGGCGCCUAAGAGUGAAGCCAUCCCUUUGGAUGACUUUAAACAAGCGAUUGAAAAAAUGUUGACCGGAUUUUUGGGCACUAAAUAUAUAUUUAAUGCGGGCGUAUGUGUUAUGCGGGGUAUUUGUGGUGACACAGAAUUGGGUACAAUUCCCUGCACUAACAAAAGUGAUACAAUCAUUUUGAACCAAAAGACUCAAAUGAAUUUGCAAUCGUUAUCACUAUUUGAGGCCAUGUGUCCGCACAUACACGAGAAGGCAGAUCCGGAAGUGUGUUGCAAUGAAUUUCAAUUGGAAAGUAUGUUCAUAACGGUCUACAACUUAGCGCACUUGGGUUUCAAUCACUGUCCCUCUUGUCUGAAGAAUAUCGAGAAAAUAAGUGAAUCGGGAGAGCAUUUUGCCACUGAAAUUGAUUAUUACAUCACAGAAUCGUUUGCCAAAGGAAUCUACGAUUCGUGUAAACACGUCAGGAAUUUUGAGGGGAAAGUGAUUGACUCGAUGUGUGGCGGCCUUAAAGGCGAAGAAUGUACGGCAAAGGAUUGGUUCAAUUAUUUGGGUCGUUAUAUAGAAGAAGACGGCAUUUCUCCGUUUAAAUCGGUAGCGAUUCGUAUUUGUGAUGAAACGGCGUUUGGAGUGAUUCCGUGUGCGAGCGAUGAAAAGCCCACUCCUAUCGCAGAUCCAAUUGCUUUGAAAGAAUUGCGUCAAAUGUGUCCGCAUUUGGUAACCAGUGAUACGCAAAGUGUUUGCUGUACUGAAGAACAAGUAAUCCGUUUGAACCAAACCUUUGAGAUGAUAGCGAUAUUCCUGAAGGAAUGUCCGGCUUGUGUUCGCAAUUUGGAGAAAAUCUUUUGCCAUCUGUCUUGUGGUAGAGAUCAACAAGAAUUUAUAAAAAUUACUAAAACAUCGCCGAAUGAAUCGGGAAAACAAAUGGUAACUGAAUUGCAAUACUUUGUAAACGAUGAUUGGGCUAAAGAAUCGGACGGAAUUCAAUACAAACCAACGAAACAAACAUUUUAUAAAUGUUCGGAUAAGACACAUACGGGCGAAGACAAGUGUCCGUGUGUUCAUUGCGACCAAUCGUGUUCUGCCGGAGAAACCAAAAUUAUAAACAAACAAAUGCCUAAAUAUAUUGGAAAGAAGAUUAAGAGAGAAACGAAUGCACAAGAGUUGGAUAUUUUGACCACAUAUUUGGAUGAUAUCGCACACAAGUUCUCUGAUUAUGAAGCAUAUGCUGAUAAUGAGUAUUGCAUUUUUGACACCACGUGCAGAUAUAACUCUCGUUAUGCAAAUAUUCCGUGCCUUAAGAUUAAGAAACCAAUUCCAUUGACGGAUCCAAAUACUUUGCGUAUUUACAAAGACAUUUGUCCACAACUGGCCGACAGUGAUAUACCGAACACAUGCUGUGAUUCCGAUUUUAUUCUUCAAAUGAAUUCAAUAUUCAAAUUACUGGAUAAGUUUGGUCUCUCUGAGUGUCCCUCUUGUAUGCAUAACUUGAGGCAAAUUCUGUGUCAAUUCACGUGUUCUCCGAAACAGAAUAAAAUGAUUAGAGUAUUGAACGCAACAAAAGUCAAUUCUCAUGUAUUGAUAGAGCACUUGGAAUACUAUAUAAACGCCGAUUUCGCACAGAAUUUGUACGAUUCGUGUAAAUCUAUACAUAACGGCACUCUUAUGGACGCUAUGUGUGGCAAAUGGGGACAAAUCAAGAAAUGCUCGGCAAAGAAAUGGCUCGACUUUAUGGGACUAUCGACUAAAAGUGGCGGAUAUUCGCCCUUUCAGAUGGAUAUUAAAUUAAGUAAUGCUAAAAGUAUUAAUAUAAAUGGUGUCGAUAUCUACCCAAUGAAUGAGAAGUCGUAUUCCUGUACAGAAUCUCCCGGUCCUGACAGUCACUCGUGUCCGUGCGCUCACUGUCGAGAGGCCUGUCCUUAA